GAGAGAGAGAGAGAGAGAAUGAGGCUUGAGAAAUGGGAGGGGCUUCUAAACGACUAUGAAUGUCAAUCAGAGCUAAGAGUCCCAAUAAUCUAAAGCAAUCUUUAAGGACCUGACCUUAGUCCAUUCCGAUCAAUAGGAAAGUGAGGGUGGAGAGCGCUAUUGGAUCGUUUUUACACCAGCGCUGUAUGAGGAAAUAUAGACUUCCUUUACAGCUGGCCGUACUCAGAAUAAAGUGGAUACUGUAGUAGCUGCCAAGAAAGCGAUUUACUUUUUGUUAUCACAGCAGCCUUUUUUCUGCGACUAUGUCUUUCCCGCAGCUGGGAUAUCAGUACAUCAGACCGAUGUACGCCUCCGAGCGCCCGGGGAUCAGCAGUUCUCGAGUCGGGACGGAGCUCAGUCCAUCCGGCGCGCUCUCUAAUGUUCUUUCUACGAUGUACGGAUCACCCUUCGCUGCACAAGGAUAUGGCGCGUUCCUUCCUUAUUCAAACGAUAUAUCAGUUUUCAAUCAGCUGGGAGCUCAGUAUGAAUUGAAAGACAGCCCGGGUGUACAGCACACAGGAUUUGCCCAUCAGCACCCCGCUUUUUACCCCUAUGGGCAAUAUCAGUUUGGGGACCCAUCCAGGCCCAAGAAUGCCACCAGGGAGAGUACAAGCACGCUUAAAGCCUGGCUGAGCGAGCACAGGAAAAACCCGUACCCCACCAAAGGCGAGAAAAUCAUGCUGGCCAUCAUCACCAAAAUGACCCUGACUCAAGUGUCCACCUGGUUCGCUAACGCCAGGAGAAGACUAAAGAAGGAGAACAAAAUGACCUGGGCGCCCAGAAGCCGGACAGACGAAGAAGGGAAUGUUUACAACAGUGAUCACGAAGGAGACGAGGAAGACAAGAGGGAGGAUGACGAAGAGAUAGACUUAGAAAAUAUCGACACGGAAAAUAUCGAAAACAAGGACGACCUGGAUGAUCAGGAUGACAUAAAUGCCGAUUUGAAACUUGACGGGAGAAGCGAUUCGGAAAUUUCUGACAGUUACGAGGACUUACAGGCACCAGACCAGAGAUUUCUAAAAGUUGUGGUCAAAGAAAGCAAGGACACUCAGGGGCGCCAAGGUGACCACUUAAACCGUCAUUCCCUAGAAAUAAAAGCAACACAUUACAACGACGAUCAAUUAAAAAUAAACCCAGCAUCUGUCAAUUCGCCACCUUCAGACAAUAACUUGGCUCUGGCCCAGAAACCUAAAAUCUGGUCUUUGGCCGAGACGGCGACAACUCCAGACAAUCCCAGAAAGUCUCCACAAAUACAUGGAAAUUCUGCCGGGCUUGCAGCGCAAACGAUCAUCGCUCCUCAUAGACUAAUCUCUUGCCCUGUUGGGAAACUUCAAAACUGGACGAACAGAGCUUUUUCUGCCCACCAGUUUGCUCUGUUAAACUCGAACCAUUACCUUGGACUAGCGAACCAGGCGUCUACGAACGGCCUGGCCAUCUACGGCAGACACACCGAAGACAAGAGUCUUCAUUCAGAAUCCGUUCUAUCAGACAGAACUAGUGCCUUGGAUGCAGAGAAAAAGUUAAAAACAGCCUUCCACCCUGUUCAAAGACGGCCACAGAACCAGCUAGAUGCCGCAAUGGUUCUAUCCGCACUCUCAUCCUCAUAGUCUUUUUCAUUUUUUUUUAUUUUGAUUUGCUGUAAGGAAUGUAAAUUAAGAAUACUGCAUCUAUGUAUAAUUGUAAGCAUGUCCUGUGUAAAACUGCUAAUGUAAUAUUGUAUGAAAACUGUAGUCUUUGGAGUUCUUUUUGUAAGUUCCGUAAGAAUUUGAUGUUCAGACUGUUUUGUAUAUAAAGUAAAGAAAAUGUACAUAUUUGUGAAUCAAAUUGUACAAGAAAAUAUAUAUAUUUUGGCUAAUAAAUGAACAGUUACAACUAU